AUGUCAAGUCACAUAAUAUCCAAGAUUGGUCUUCUCUUAUUUGUACUCGUUGCCAUUGUCGCCAUCACAUCCAACUAUCUAUCGACUGGCCGCUUCCUUCCCAUCGCCAUUAACAACAAUUUUUUUCACCGACGAACAGUAAUUUACGAUGACUCACAAGAAAUCUCAUGCCGCCCAGACCCUCCUCCAUCGACGACUCAACGGACUGAUUUCGGCGGCAAAGGAUGUAUGAUCUACGGCUACCCCUCCACUGGCGGGGUUCUCAUCAAAGAGGCUGAUUAUCUUGACCUGCUUUUCCUAUCGCUUCCCCGCUCUCAUGAGUCACAGCGCUCACCUAGUGCCGACGAGGAAGACAAGUUCUGUAAUCUUCUGCGACGGACUGGGGCGACAUGGUGGCCGAGUAAGAUGACUUGGAUGAUGGCGCAGCUAGGCUUUGAGAAGACCCAAGAACAAGAAAAGGUGGUGGUAUUUGGGUGGCCGAUGGAUGGUGUGGGGGUGUGGGUGUUGAGAUAUGAGAAUGACAGUCAACUGCCAGAAGGUUUUGGGAGAAUCAGUUUUGCGAUGAAUAUGGAGGAGAAGAUACAAUUGAUGAGAGAGUACGGUGCUGCGUUUGUUGAAGAUGUCACGCAGGUGGAGGAACUUCAUGAUGGCUCCGUUUUGAAGCCUACUAGUCUUGGGAUGGGUACGUGUGGAGCGGAACUUCAAUCUCCGACACGCAGUGCCGUAGAGGGCUCAGGCGACCUGGAGACUGAACCGCCGCAGCCCAUCGCAUCGGGAGAGCCGUAG